GGCCUUUUGAAAGAAGAGCUACUUUAUUGUGCUACAUCUAAAACGACUCUUUUCUGUCUUACUUGAUGUUGUAUUUUGGUUAUUUCUACAGUCUCGAAAAAUAAUUCUAUUUUAAAGUUGAUGAUUACAUAUUUCUGAAACAGCUGUUUCUAUUUGGGUCAUUCAUACAGGCUGGGCAACUUGUGUUGUCUUUGCAACUUGCACGACAACAAAACAUCAUCGUGACUCACUGGCAGGAGUGUUCCUUCCAGCAUCGUUGCCAUUCCUUGUGACCGGCCAGGCCGCAUGUGUCAGUGCUGAGGGAGUAAUAAGCAAACAGGAACUUGUUGUGCGGUGACAUACGGCUGGGUAAACGAAACAAGACUGGCGGGGAUCGCUGGUUGAAUCUGCUGUGUUUUUUAAUUCUCAAGGGGUUCUCCUCAUGGAGCCGACUACUCUACAGAAAGCUAUUGCCGUAGCACAGAAGGCCUCAGAGGAAGACCAGGCUGGGAACUAUGAGGAGGCCAUCAUCUCCUACCAACAUGCUGUCAAGUACUUUCUGCACAUUGUAAAACGUGAACCCCAGGGUAAAGAUGGCAACCAGAAGAUCCGAGAUAAAUGUAAACAGUACCUGGACAGAGUGGAAGAAUUACAGGGGUACCUAGUGAAUAAAGAGAAAGCCAUUGAUCUUGCCAGCAAGGCGGCUCAAGAGGAUAAAGCUCAGAAAUACGAGGAGGCUCUGCGUCUCUACCAGGCUGCUGUUCAGUACUUCCUCCAUGUGGUGAAAUAUGAAGCCCAGAGUGACAAAGCUAAACAGAGCAUCCGGGCAAAAUGUGCUGAAUACCUUGACAGAGCAGAGAAGUUGAAGGAGUAUCUAAAGAAGAAAGAAAACGCUCCUCCUGCUAAGCCUGUCAAAGAGUCACAGUCUGAUGACAAAGGCAAUGAAAGCGAUGAAGGGGAUGAUCCAGAGAAAAAGAAGUUCCAAAAUCAACUUUCAGGUGCAAUUGUUAUGGAGAAACCAAACAUCAAAUGGAGUGAUGUUGCUGGUUUAGAGGGAGCGAAGGAGGCGCUGAAAGAAGCAGUUAUUCUUCCGAUCAAAUUUCCCCACCUUUUCACAGGAAAGAGAACUCCUUGGAGAGGGAUCUUGCUCUUCGGACCUCCUGGCACAGGAAAGUCCUAUUUGGCUAAAGCUGUUGCCACUGAGGCAAACAACUCCACCUUCUUCUCCAUCUCAUCGUCUGACCUUGUCUCCAAAUGGCUGGGAGAGAGUGAAAAGUUGGUGAAGAAUCUUUUUAGCCUUGCAAGGGAGCACAAGCCCUCUAUCAUCUUCAUUGACGAGAUAGACUCCCUGUGUGGCUCAAGAAGUGAGAACGAGAGCGAAGCCGCUCGCCGUAUUAAGACAGAGUUCCUGGUUCAGAUGCAGGGUGUGGGCAAUAACAAUGAGGGAGUGCUGGUACUUGGUGCAACAAACAUCCCAUGGACCCUAGACUCAGCCAUCAGAAGAAGAUUUGAGAAGAGGAUCUACAUCCCGCUGCCUGAAGAGCACGCCCGCUCCUUCAUGUUCAAGCUCCAUCUUGGAUCGACCCCCAACAGUCUCAACGACACCGACUUUGUCACUCUGGGCAAAAAGACAGAUGGAUACUCGGGAGCAGAUAUCAGUGUCAUUGUCAGAGAUGCCCUAAUGCAGCCUGUUCGAAAGGUCCAGUCAGCAACCCACUUCAAACGGGUACGAGGUGCAUCAAGAACUGACGCCGACCUUAUUGUAGAUGACCUCUUGACUCCUUGCUCACCUGGCGAUCCCAACGCGAUUGAGAUGUCAUGGAUGGAUGUACCUGGGGAGAAGCUAUUGGAACCCAUAGUGUCCAUGUCUGACAUGCUCAGGUCUCAGGUCAACACGAAGCCAACAGUCAAUGAACAAGAUCUGGACAAACUGAAAAAAUUCACAGAGGACUUUGGACAGGAAGGCUAGGUGGGAUGAUUGAACCAAGCCAAACCAAAGGAUUUGUGAUUUUCUCUCUUUACUGUCCUUGUACCAUUUUUCUCUCUCUCUCUGUCUCUCUAUAUCAUCAUAACCAUACACCAGGCUUUGUGGUUUAUCAAAAGUGGACAAGAUACUGUGCUGUAUUGCCAAUUUGAUAACCACGCAAAGGGUGGAAGGACAUUGUUUCAUUUGAUAUUAACCAUUGUCCAAAGAACAUUAAAGACUUCCCAUCUGCAGCUGACCUGAUGAAAUACUCAAUGCGACAUAAAUAACUUCAAAGGUUGGUUGACUAAGCACUAAAAACUAAAGGUUUUGAUGGGCAGAAAGCCCAAGCAACUAAGGGAAACUAACAGCAGGCAUACACAACAAUUAUUGCAAAUAAGGUUUUUGAAAUCAAGAUAAUUUAUUUUAAGUUAGUACUAGCUCUUAGGGCCUUAUUUUCCAUUCAAAGUACUUCUCACUAGACUAAUAAAUGCCCCUUGUGUAUUAUCUAUUUUAUAUUAAGAAGAAGAAAAAAAACAACAAGCAUUUUAUAGUUUAAACUGUACUGUGUGGGUUGUAUAAAUCCUGGGCUGGGGGAGUGAAGCGAGGCAUGAGUUCAUUGGAUUUGUUGUGGUGAAGUGUGUCAUUGUCUCAGUUUUGGUGGAUGUUUAAGAGUUUUGAGACAGAGAUACACAGGAUGAGAGCUGCAUUAGACCCUAUGGAAAUUUUGGAUUGUUUAUCCAGUUCCCUAACAAAGGACAUUGCAUUUGUUUACUCUUUCCAUUGGAAUUAAGCACGGCUACAAGGGUGAAUCCCCAAUGGUGCCGGACCAGCAUUACUUUACAAUUUUUCAAGGAUUCAAUAGCUUUGAUUUGCUUUGUCACUCAGCUCAUAGCUUUUUUUCUUUUAGCAACCUACUGUAUAAAUAUAUAUUUUCAUUACUAUUCACAGGCUUUGCUGGUUAUCCUUAAUAUAAACUGCAAAAAACGAAGCCUUAUGUUAACAUAAAGUCACAUAACUUUUGAUAAAACAAGACUGAGUUGGACACUGAUGGCUCAGGUUGAGAGAUCAUCUUCUUGUAUACUUAACAAUAUAGGAAUGCAUCUCCAAGCAUGAACUACAUAGCCAUGCGCGGCAGUGUGCACCGUGUGCCUUCUAGAAAAGCUGCAAAUUUAUUUUUUAUUGGUUUAUUUCUAAAUUGAUCAUGCUGCUUAUAUAUCCAGUGCUUUGUCACUACGAGUAAGAAAUGUACAAUACCUGCAAAUUUCAUGUCAACUCUUUUAGAGAUUGUAUAAAACUGUGGUCUUUUGCUCCGAAGGGUUUGAGUUUUGAUGGGGAACAUCUCUUAUUUUACUGUAAAUGUCUAUACAUAUAGCCAACUCUUGAACCUUUUCUUUGUGAAGAGGGUACUCAUGCAUACGAAUUGCUGUGUUUGUUUCAAUAAUGUAAAUAAAAGUUAUAGCUACAUCAAUAAA